AUGGAGAAGAUGGUGAUUGACGAGAUAAUGGAUAAAGAAACAGAAACUGUUGAUUCAGUCCAGAUACUACUGAAGGAAGAUCAAGUUGAUGAUCAGAUUCUUAUUGCUGUGAUUGAAAAAUCUGAAGAAUCUGCAAAGAAAGGGAGAGAUGAGAGUGGUGAGAAGAAAGAAGCUGAGCAAGUUAAAAAGAGCGUUGAAGAGGUUACUUUUGAAGCUGUUGAUGUGGAGAAAGAGGCUGUGGAGGAUGUUUCUCAAGAAGUCAAGAAGGAUAAAUCUGUUGAAACUCCAGAGAAGGAAGGUUUAAAGACCGUUGAUGUUUCUGAGUCGAUAGAUGAAGCUAGAGGGAAAAAUGAAGACGAAAUCAAAGAUUUACAAAAUCUUUCAGCUGAUGCUAUGAUAGAGACAACAGAGGUAAAAGUUCUUCAAGUUGAGUCAAAUGAAUCAGCUUCAGAAGUUGAGGUAAAGGCAGAGGAAAGCUCUGAGUUUGAGCUCCAAGUCAAGCUGGAGGAGAAAGCUGAUGAAACAAAGUGUCAUGAGGAAGCUGUAUUGAUAAGCCAAGAUUUGUUGUCUGAGGCCAAGAAAGAGACUGAAGAAGUUGCUACUUCAUCUCCCGGUGAUUUCAUUGAUAAGAUUAGUGCUGAAGCAAAGCAUGUAGAGGAAGAGGCAUCGAAGGAGGAAGACGUAAACAAGAGUGAAGAAAAAGAUGGCGUAAACAAGCUUGUUGAAGAAGAUGAGAGUAUCAAGGAGGAUACUUUGAAACAAACUCUAGAUACUGAAUCAAAAGAGAAAGAAACAGAACCAGAGGUUAAAGAAAGCCAAGAAGAAGAAGGCAGAGAGAAAGAGGUUAGUGCUAAGCCAAAGCAUGCAAACAAUAUUAUAUCCAAAGUAAAACAGUCUCUUGUAAAGGCAAAGAAAGCAAUCACUGGAAAAUCUCCAAGCUCGAAGACUAUUUCAACUGAAGCCAAUGAAGAUAUCAAAAUCAAGUGA